AUGUCUUCAACCUCUUCCAUCAACUCUGACGAUAGCUAUGACGAGAACUAUAUCCUCCCUCAAACUACCUACGUUCCUCCGCCCCGUCAACCUGCUACCUAUGAGCCAAGGCCUCCAUCCUUGGAGAAACGUAGGUCUGAGAGGCGUGACUCGAUUGUGGAUGUGUAUUCCAAGGUAUAUGGCAUUGCAAAGGUCGUCCUGGAGGUCAUGUCAGCCUUUGGUGCAGCUAUCGACACUAGCCCAACUGGAAUUAAAUUCUAUAUCGACCGAGUGGAAAAUCAAGUGACUGAGAAUUCCUGCUCGAAGCUUCUUGUGGCGGUAGAAGAUCUCUUCUACGCAACAUAUGCAACACUUAACAUUGAAAUUAGAAACCUCGAACAUUGCGAGAGUUUCCACUUUGAUAUCCGGCGCUUGGCUCCAAAUAACAGGUUUAACGCUAAAGAAUGUCUCCCAGAACCGGAUCACUUGAAAUUGAUAUUUCAAGCUUGCAAGGAAUACAUGGCAACUGAUAUUGUGCGCGGGUUUCUUAACAAAGAGAUUAUUCGUCAAAAGCAAGCCGAAUAUGUCAACCAAACUGUCCGACUCAGCAUGGAAGCCGGCCAUGUCCCCAAAAACGAAAAGGAGUUCCGCCAGUACAUUCAGAGACUUGUAACUGACCCACAGUCAGCCUACUGUCGCGAAUGGACCGGACUCAAUCCGAUUUACGAUGCAGCUCCAGGGAUGGUCCUUGGGACCCUGUCGGAGAAAUAUCUCAGUAUCCUCCAGAAAGAAGAACAAGCGAAACAUAUGAAAAAGCGGUCGGAGAAACGAGAGAGCACUGAUUCCGAGCACGAAGAACGGAGAUUCAUUGCGGCAAACCGUGAGGCAGCCUACGCCAUGCUUCAUGGGAGAACAGUUGGAGAGCACCGCAGACAGGAAGGAUAUAUGUCGCUGAGUGCAUAUGUGAAAGAAAAUCUCUGCAUUUGCUUUAAAUAUUGCGAAUGCGCCCGCAAGUGCACGCUCAAAGGUGGCAGAAAGUGCCCCUGCAGUUCUCGGCUCAGCGUCAUCUGCGAUUCUCACGAGGUCGACGAGCAAGAGUGCUUCGUCGAGAAGUGUGCAGAUAUUGCGGCGGACGUGUUCGACCGUCUAUCUGCGGUUAAACGAGGAGCAAACGUCUUCCAGAUGGCAAUGGAGCUGGAUAUGCGCCUGGAUCGGUUCCAUCAGGUCAUCAUUGAGUACCGGCAGCAGAGUGAGAGGGCACCAAAGGAUCCUCAUCAGCGUCUUUCAGAAUUCUAA